CAACCGAGGUCACGUGAUGUAAAUCAUCUGGCUGAAAUCCAAAAUGGCGGUCAGGGUGUCAAAUUUUUUGGAGUUCAUGUUUUGCAGACGGUUUCGGAGCUCCUAGAGACCAGAUAAGGAUGGCGGGAAAAGUAAAAUAUGCCUGUGACAUCGAGAAGUCUGUGCUGAUUAAUAAUUUCGAGAAGAGAGGCUGGAUAAGUGCUUCUGCGGAUGAGGAUUGGAACUUUUACUGGAGCAGUGUUCAGACCACCAGAAAUAUCUUCAGCAUUGAGAAUGGCUACAGGCUUCAGGAUGACCAAGUCAUCAACCACUUCCCAAACCACUAUGAGUUAACCAGGAAGGACCUGAUGGUGAAGAACCUCAAACGGUACCGUAAGGAUCUGGAGAAGGAGGGCAACCCUGUGUCGGAGAGGGACGAUGAAGGGAGAUACAAGUAUUUAGAUUUCAUCCCUGUGACGUUCCUGCUGCCUGCUGACUAUAACCUGUUUGUGGAGGAGUUCAGGAAGAACCCAAACAGCACCUGGAUCAUGAAACCUACAGGGAAAGCAAGAGGAAUAGGAAUUUUCCUGAUCAACAAGUUGUCCCAACUGAAGAAGUGGUCCAGAGACAGCAAAACUAACUCGUUUGCCGCUCCCUCGGGUAAGGACGCGUACGUCAUCUCCCGCUACAUCGACAACCCGCUUCUGAUUGGUGGGAAGAAGUUUGACCUGCGGCUCUACGUCCUGGUGACUUCUUACCGACCACUCAAGUGUUACAUGUACCGCCUGGGGUUCUGUCGGUUUUGCACCGUGAAGUAUACGUCAAGCACCAGUGAACUGGACAACAUGUUUAUCCACCUCACCAACGUGUCCAUACAGAAACAUGGGGAUGAAUACAACAAUGUCCACGGGGGAAAAUGGACCAUCAAGAACAUGAGACUAUUUCUGGAAGGGACACGAGGGAAAGAGGUGACAGACAAGUUGUUUGAUGACAUCAACUGGUUGACAGUCCACUCUCUCAAGGCCGUCUCAGGUGUGAUGGCUAAUGACAGACACUGUUUUGAGUGUUAUGGAUAUGACAUCAUCAUAGACAACAACUUGAAGCCAUGGCUGAUUGAGGUGAAUGCCUCCCCCUCCCUCACCUCCACUACUGCAGCAGACCGCAUCAUGAAGUACAACCUCAUUAACGACUCUCUCAACAUCGUCAUGCCUAACGGGGAACUGCCUGAUGUGAGGUGGAACAAAGUUCCCCCAAAGGAGGCUCUAGGAAACUUUGACCUACUGUAUGAUGAGGACCUGGCACAGGCAGACAUCCUGGAGAGGGACACCAAGAGUCGGCUGGGGGUGAGUGUGGGCAGCCGGGGCAGGGACACCAAGUCUUCCUUCACUGGGAGGCCUCCACCAACAACAUGGAAGUAGGGAUGAGACACACAACACUACAGAAUAGAGGCAGAAUGGAGGCACCAAGUCUUCUUUUCCUGGCAGACCUUCUGCCAACCACAUGGAAGUACAUGUAGACUUGACUACAAAAUGCAGGCAGAAUAGAGGCACCAAGUCUGUCACAGGGAGACCUCCACCAACUACAUUAACAAUACUACAGAAUGCAAGACCAUCUUGUCUCAUUAAAAAUAGGAAUGAGACAAGGAAUACUUAGUACUUCAAAUUGCAAGCCUGUGUCUACCACCUAGACAUAGGAUCAUAGGAUAGGCACAGGUAACACUACAAAAUACAGACAGAAUAGACUGAGAGACACAAUGUCUUCUAUCACACUUGGAGACCUCCACCAACUACAUGGAGGUAGGAAUGAGACAAGGAGCACUGCAAAAUACAGACAGGCCUCUGCCUACCACGUGGAAUAUAUGAAACUUUGAAAGGGGCAAGCAGCACUUGUCUACAAAAUACAGACAGAGGAGAGACCUAGUCUUCUAUCAUUGGCAGACCACUGACCACCACGGAAGUAGAAAAAGGACAAGGAACACUGCAAAAUAGACUUAAUACACCAAGGCUUCCAUCACAGGCAGAUCUUUAAAUACCAACUGAAAAUAGGAAUGGACAAGAAACACAGAUUGUAAAAUAUAGACAGAACUUUGCCUACUGCAUGGUAGUAGAAAAGGAACAAAGUAUAACAUGUACACUGAAAAAUACAGUCAGUAUACAAGCUACUUCAUGCCCUUCUCUACCAAGCAUUAUUGUCUAUCAUAUAGAUAAUGUUGGUGGGUCCUUUGGGACUUAAGGGAUGCUCUGUUCUCUCAGAACAUCUUUGUUUAGGCCACACCCACUCAAAGGGAGACAGGUCCUGACUUGCAUGUUCAGUGACUGGCUGUAGGGAGGAUAUGACUGAAUGUGUAUAUUACACAGUUACAUAUUAACUGUAUCAUCCAAUGCCUUGACAGGUACUGUAGUAGUACUAGUAAUAGUAGAAGACUGCAGGUUGAUUAAUUUCAUAUUUGAAAGUAUUGGCGGCCUUGAAACUGAAUUGUAGCAUUUGUUUUGAGUUGUUUAAUAUAGAUCUAUCCAUCUGUCAAUGCAUGUGUCUCACUGUCUCUCUAACAGUUACAGUAUGUAUGUAACAUCAUACAAUGUAUAUGGAUUUGCCAUUGCAUGAUGUACAAUGGCUGAUGAAAGUUGGCUUUAAAUAAUUGUGUUGAAUGUUAUGAUAUUUUACAUGUAUAUGUUUGCUUCAUAAACUAAGUGUGUAAAUUUCUGUGUUGUCGCACACCAAUGUGACUCAUGAUUGUGUACAGAGAGCAUUUUAUGUAAAACAGGGACUGGUGACUAUGUUUAAUAGUAAAUUAGAAAAUUAUUGCUCUUGUAAAAGUCUUCAACAAGGAUAUUGUGUGUACAAAUAUGAUCACUGUAUGUAUAUUAAACUUCCAAACACCUGUAUCUGUAUUUGUAUAGUUGGUAUAACUGCCCUUCGGCUUAAAACCCGUCAUAUAUUCAGAACCUUCCCUCAACCACAAAAGUCACCGGGUCUAGGAAAUCAAGGAAGAAAACAUGGGAAAUCUUAGGUCAUAGGCCCAAAUUACUAGCUGAUAUCUUACCUCAGGUUGUGGACCAAGUUCACAGUAUUUGUUCAGUGUAUGUAAUUAUGAUUCUCAGAAAUCUUUCAACAGACCGAGUUUGGUGUGUUGUGAUCGGGCAACAGACUGAUUGA